UCAACAGUGUCACGCGAGGCUGUCACGCGGAGCUUCGUUUAUGUUUUAUCGGCAGCACUCUGAUAUGGAAAUUACGUCUUCGCUUUUCAUUUGACAAGCUCAAAUAACAGCAAGAUUUCUUCACAAACAACAGAAAUCGAAAAAACACCGAUGAAAUCGUCUCGAGUCGAUAGUCCUUACACCGCAAAAGAUCCAUCACACGGAUUUUUCCUUUGGAGUGGUCUAACUUGGAUGCAGAAGGAAGAGAGAUUUUGCGACGUCACUCUUAAAAUUGGUAAAGAUCGAAAGUUACGAGCCCAUCGUGCUGUCUUAGCGCUAUCAAGCAAGUACUUCGAAGCGCUUUUCGGAGCGAAUUGGGUCGAAGGAAAAUCAAACGAAGUCGAGCUUCUUGAUUUCGACGAAGACGCCAUAACGAGUUUGGUUCGAUUUGUGUACUCAGGAACUGUCGACAUUACCACCGACAAUGUUCAAUACAUUCUGGAAGUCGCGAAUUAUCUUGGAAUCGAGUUCGUGCAAAAAGAAUGCAUACGCUUCUUGGAAGAAAAUCUCAAUAAGAACAACUGUCUGAACGCUCUUCAAAUCGCAGACACGUUUGCCUUCGAGUAUUUGAGGGAAGAGGCGAAAUUGGUCGCCGUACGCUAUUUCACAGAAAUUUGCAUGACGCAAGAUUUUAUUCAUCUUCCACAUCAUUUAUUGACGGAGUUACUGAGAGAAGAGAGCAUCUGUGUAGUUGUUGAUAAUUUGAUUCCUCGCGCCGAUAAGAGAGAGAGCGUUGUUUUACAAGCUGUGUUUCGAUACGUGCAGUAUGAUCUUGGUAAACGAGCAGAUUUAUUACCGAAACUUUUGGCCCUCGUGAGGCUUCCAACUCUAUCAAAGGAGCAUCUCCAAGAGGUCUCAAAGCACAGCUUAAUUAUUGGCUGCCGUUGCGAAGCGAUUGUUGAAAAAGCAAUGACGGUGAAAUCGAAUGAAACUGGAGACGGUUCGACCGAUUCAAACUGGGCCAAAAGAAGGGAUUUCGCCAAGUGCGUAGUCACAUGGGGUCGAACCUUUGUAGGAACCCAACAAAUUCCAUCGAAAAAAAAAUUCAUAACCGGUCGAUAUUUUCUUGAGGACUCGAUUGAUGGUGUCAAUGAUGAAGGCGUCUACAUUACAGGAAUAACCGUUUGGAGGAACUUUCCAACAGAAGAGCCGCGAUCUAUUUGUGGAUUAGAGGUCUUUUACAGCAAUAACUCGAGGUGGUUGUACGGCGUCAAGUCAGGACAAAAACAAAACGAAAUCUUUCUCAAAGAAAAUGAAAAGAUUGUAAAGGUGGAAGUUCAGAGCGGAACGCUGAUUAACAGCCUGGCGUUUUAUACAAAUAAGGAUUCUUAUGGUGGUUUGAAGUCUUAUCGUGGAUUUUGCCCCGAUUAUCAAGGUGGCUGUCAGGGUAGUCACGCGACCGUUCGAAGCCAGAGUCCGCCUGGAAUCUGUGGAUUCUUAGCUGGCGUUGCCGGCGAAACAUGCGAGUUCCAAGGACAGCCGUGUAUUACGAGGCUUCAAUUUGCAUGGAAGACAUUUGUUUGCAAUGACGUAGCGAUCACACCGCGGUUUGAGUAUUUUGAGCCGGGUAAGUGCGAAAUUGUGAACAGACCACUGCGACCGAGCCAAAAGCAAUGAUGGUGAUGUUGAAGUGAAAGUCGUCGCAAAGAUGAUGACAAUGACCAAGAUGGCGAGUGAAUGAUGUUGAUAAUGAUGACGAUGACAUUGAUAAUGUUGACGAAUACCGAUGACUGUAUCUUAUUACUGCGCACCUACCACUCCCAUAACCUAACAAUAGUCAACUGGUAGCGACUUAGGGUUAAUCUUGGCUCAGGGGAGGGGUAGGUGCGUAGUUGCUUGGAUACUACCGGUAACUUUGAUACUGGAGACGAGAGAGAUGAAUGGAUGAUGAUAAUGAUGGUGAAGAUGACUGAGUGGUUGUUAUGGUAACGACAUUAAAAACGAAUCAUUAUGACGUUGAUAACCAAGAGGAUAAUUAUAAGCGGGUUGACUAUGGCGACGAUCUUCAGAAAAGAAAAAGGCGGUAUUUAUGACAACGACAAAGGCUAUCAUUAUCGUAGGCUGUGUACAACCGCCUUCUAUCUUCGAAAAAAAAAAAAACUAGAGAGGGCUCCUUGGCCUGGCAAUUUUUUUUUUUUUUUUUUUAAAGGUUACGUAGGUUUGGUUGUACGCAGGCUAUCACGAUCAAUGUGGAUCGGAUCUUGAUGCGGAUGUAUGACGUUUUAAAGCUUAACUGAAUUUAUUGGCUACUUGAAAAAGGUAGAAUCUUCAUUCAGGGGCCACAGUACCUCUUUAAAACUUCCCCAUAAUUCCCCUGCUCCCUUUUUCUCCCCCGGCAGGUCAGGAGAAUACAAACCCUGCAAACUAAUCUCGUACCCAGAUCUUGCCGUGUAACUGUAACUAAAUACAACCGCUUGGCCGUGGAAGGUCUAGGUAUGAGAUACCUGCACCGCAGGGUAAUUUUCACGAGGGGAAAAGCAUGACUUGGAGAAGCAUUUCAAGUUUUUUAUGGCAAGUUGCCAACGACCAGUUUUUGUCCCUAUGACUAGACAUUAGGUAAUUUGUUUACAUCACCCGAAGGGAAAAGAUGCACGAAACUAGUUUCAGAGACAGAUCGUAGAGAUGGGUUCCCUCGAUUCAAUACUUCCGCCUUAAGAAAAUGUACAUAUACAUUUAUCGCCUGUUUUAAAAUAUAAUUAUUUGCCAAGUUAGUCUGAAAGGUUCAGUAAUAGUUAUCGCCCCCACUGAUACUUGCAUUGCUCUGGAAAGUGCGAUUCUGAAUGAUGAAGUUUGCGAUACUAAAAUGCUAAUUUUCUGCUGAUCCUAACCUUACGGGGGAGCAAACCUUUACAGGCAGUUUUUAGGUGUAGAAAUCAAGCCAUUGUUAUCUGAUAAACAUUACUUUAGCAAAGCACUCUCCAAUAAAUGAAAUUAAAGAACUAAAACACUCGAA